GAGGUAGCAAGCUGCUCGAUGGAUUAGUCGAGCUGUCAAGGCUAGAACCAUCGUCAUCAAAGAAGAAUUUUUUUGACUUAAAUUGAGUCUUUACUUGCAUUUUUGUCCUGCUAUGUUGGCAUUGCCUUAUUUUGUAUGCCGACAUAGCACGUAUUCUUCUGUUUUAACUGUUGGUUUGUGUUAUAUGCCUACUAUCUUUGGGGUUCUUCCUUACUUCUUUCAAUCUUUGCACAACGACGUUCUCAGGUUUCUUUUUCCCUGGCAGAAUCAAAUUGUUGAGAUGAGAAAAGACAAGCCAGCUGUUGCAAGUUCAAGUAAAAUCAAAUUUGAAGACUCUGAUGAGCAUGAAUCUUCGUCUGAAGAUGAGGAGGCAAAGGAGAUAGAGGAGGAGCUUGCGGAUGUGACCUUUGAGGAAUUGCAGAGAGCACGGUCUGAUGGGUCGGACACAGUGUAUAGGAAGCUUAAUUCGGAAGGGAAAAAUAGCCGAGCGAACAAGAACAGGCCAAUGGAGAUGAGUAGCAAGAAGCCAGUGAGCAGAUUUAGGGAAAUUAUCCAAGUUCCUAAAAAAGCCACGCGUGACCCUCGCUUUGAGUCUUUAACUGGCCAGCUCGAUGUAGAACGAUUCAAAAAGAGAUAUAAUUUUCUUUACGAGGAUAAUCUUCCAGCAGAAAAAGAGGAGCUGAAGAAACAGAUGAGGAAAUCAAAUGAUGCAGAAGAGAUAAGUGAACUGAAAAGUCGCAUUUCUUGGAUUGACAAACAAUUGAAAUCAGCCGGAACGAAACACACUGAGAGAGAAAUUCUGCAAGAGCACAAGAAGAAAGAGAGAGAGGCUGCUAAGCAAGGGAAACAACCUUAUUACCUCAAAAAUUCUGAAAUUCAGAAGCGCAAACUUAUUGAGAAAUACAAGGAACUCAAAGCAUCUGGCAAACUGGAAGCAUAUAUUGAGAAGAAAAGGCGCAAGAAUGCUUCGAAAGACCACAGAUUCUUGCCAUAUCGGCGUCCCGGCGAGCAAGAAAACUAGUGAAAUAACAGUGUCUAGUUCAGAGUAAGGGGGAGAGGAUAGGAGAGAGGGUAAUCCCUUUAGUGCACAGUUAGCUCAAAGAUACUGCAAGUUUAUCAAUAAGCAAAUCAGGGAUGAAAGUUAAUUCACUGCUUGAGUAGAUUGAUCUUGGGUUGGGCUCCCAAAAUUUGAUGUUCCGCUAUUGCAGUGCAAUACACACAAUUUACUUUCACUCUGAUGGGGUGUGGGCCUCUGUCCAAUUACUAAAGAUGGCUGAGAGUGAAUAAGUUUUUAAGUAUCACUAUUUGAUAACCAAUGAUAAAUAACCUGCUGUUCCAAGUUGAACUAUAUUGAAAUGUCCAAGAAUUUUUGAAAUCUUAUGUAACUUAAAUCCUUUUACUAAAUCAUAGAGGACCUACAUUAGCUUCUGAGUUUCAUUCCUCUUGAAGUCACUACUGUGUAUUGGAUUAACAAUUACGGAAACAUAGCACGUGGAAUGCCAAUACAAACGAGUCUUAACUAGUUUCUUUAUUGCUGUAUCUAGAAUAGUGUGAGUUAUUAACAAUUGGACUUGGUUAAGCGUCUCAAUCUUAUCACAGACUCAAUUUCUUUCCUAUUAUCAAAGGUGACAAUUUGUGUCCAAAAGUUGGAUCCUAAUUUUCUCUUGUAAAUAAUGAUUAAAAAAGUAUUUCAGCUAUACCCAUCGUUCAGCAAUUAUUUUGUACUUCGGUGUUAAAAUUUACUUAUUUUCGGGGAAAAAAGUUAUGUUGAGAGAUUUACUGUUCUUCAGAGUUCGACCAUAAGGAAGAGAAAGCACUUCGGUAUAUUGAGAUAGUGAUAUUUUUUGAAUUAUUUUCGUAGAACCAAAACGUAAUACGUCGUUAUCUUAGGAAAUCCCACAAGCUAAAACUCUAUUCUCAUUCACAGAAAUCUCUGUUCAAUAGUGUCCAAGAAAGGCCAUCAGUCUCAAUCACUAGAGAAAUAUGAAUUUAUAAGAUGUCUAAAAUGAAACAUCAUUAUCAGGACAAGGAUCAUGAUUGAUAAGCCAAACCCUUCUUGAAGUGAUCAUUCAUGUUUGCCAUUCAUUAUGUCCCAAUAGUACUAGGAGUUAGCAUUGUAAUUCAAUGCAUUGUGGCUUAGCGCUCGAUUUGUUUCUUUCUUAGACAAAACUAUUAGUAUUAGUGAGCCUCCUUAUUCUUGGAUGUUAAAUACUUUACAUUGAAUAUACCUCUAUGGUACGUAUCAAACUUAAUAACAAUUGUAUCUCAAUUUCAAGCUAGUUGAAAUUGGUUAUACAAAUCCUUAAUAUCAUAAAUAUUUAAUUUAGUUUCAUAAUGUAUUUUAAUACUCGGUAUGCAUUUAAAUAAUUAUC